GUCGGAGAUGCCACAAGGAUUACUAUUCGCGAUCAGUGAAGUGGUCGGAUAUAGGCAAGUUGCGAACACCUCUUUACUACUUCUCUUGUCAUACAUCUCUCCUAGCCUCAUAGACACAAGCACAACAAGCUUGUCACCAUGGAUAAAGCACCAAAGCCCGUUGACGAGGUCCAGCUCGAGAUCAAGGGCACUGUAGCAGUCAUCAGAAUCAACCAACCCAAGAAGCUUGGAGCAUUGAGCCAGGAUCUUUUCUUCAACCUUUCUCAAGUGCUCCGACAUGUGGAUUCACGGGAGGAUACUUUUGUGACCGUCCUAGCGGGCACAGGCCGAUUCUUCAGCGCUGGCGCGGAUGUCACAGUCGCUGGCCAGAACAAGGGACCGGCCGACGAGCAGUACAAGCAAUGGCUCCAGAGCUUCGCAGCUUUCAACAUGAACAUCACCCAGGCUUUCUACUCCCACCGUAAGAUUCUCGUGGUAGCGCUCAAUGGACCUGUGGUGGGCAUUGCAGCCGCACUUGUUGGACACGCAGACUUUGUGUAUGCCGCACCUCACGCAUAUCUGCUGUGCCCAUUCACCUCACUGGGCCUGGUAGCAGAGGGACUUGCAAGUCGAGCGAUGUCUUCACGUCUUGGACCCGCUCGAGGACCAGAGGCCCUUUUGAUGUCGAAGCGAAUCACCUGUGAAGAGCUAGUGCAAUGCGGUUUCGUGAACAAGACUUUCGAUACAAAGCCUGAAGAGUGGGAAAAGUUCUUGGGCCUGGUGCUUGAAGAAGUGAACAACAGGCUUGGACCUCACCUGGUGCCUGAUUCUCUGCUGAGGAUUAAGGCAUUGAUGAGAGGCCCAGAGCGCGACUUGUAUGAUGCUAUGGGAGUCAAGGAAGUCUUCAGUGGUCUGGAGGUCUUCAUGAAGGGCGUGCCACAAGAAGAGUUCAGAAAGAUCGCGAGUGGUGAGAAACGACACAAGUUAUGAUGAGAUAACUGCUACGUGGCACGGCAGCAAAAGAAUCCGCUUGCAUUAUACCUGAACGCAUGUCUCCCACAAAUUGGGC